AUGAGUGACCUACCCUAUAAAGAUCAUGUCGAAGCCAAUGACCAUAUUUCUACUGAGGCUGCCGAAUGGCCCUCAACCUUUGCAACCGAAGGCACCUCGCUGUCCGGGUUCGAAAUGAUCCAGACCCCUACCUUACGACCCGACACACACAGAGUCGUCAAUCUGCCCUGCGUCCUCGUUAAUACACACGAGCUGAAUGAUGACUUUUAUGGCCGACAAGAUAUUUUGCAACGCCUUGCCACGGAGCUUUUGCCCUCGACAAAGACAACCACGGCGUCCGGCGCAGCCUUGCGACAGUUUGCGAUUUGCGGGUUCGGGGGUAUUGGAAAGACUGAGAUUGCGCGAGAGUUUUGCCGCCGUCAUGUAGACGAUUUUGACGCCGUUUUUUGGGUUGUAGCUGAUGAAGUGGCGAAACUUGAUCAGCAGUACCAAGAAAUAUCGCUGGCGCUGGGCCUUGAAGACUCCUCUGACUGCAAUAGUCUUGUUGUCAGUCGAGGAAUUGUCAAAGGCUGGCUCUCGAAUCCGCGCAAGCAAGUUGGGGUGUCUGACGACUCUUCCAGACCUGGUGUGGAAAAGCCGAAUGCCACUUGGCUGCUCAUUUUUGACAACGCCGAUGACCCAAUGAUCUUGGCCGACUACUGGCCACAAGGGAGCGGGUCUAUUCUUAUAACCAGUCGAGAUCCCCUUGCAAAGAAGAUGUUUACCCGAGAAGAUUCGGGAAUUGACCUCGAACCUCUUUCUAAAACUGAAAGCUUGUCUCUACUAAACCGUCUCACCACAACCACAGAUGAGAGUGAAGUCGCGACGACACGCCGAAUUUCCGACGCCCUCGGCGGCAUUCCUUUGGCCAUUUCCCAAAUGGCAGGCAUUAUUCGUCGCCAAGACUUAACAAUGAGCGAGUUUUGGGAACUGUACGCCGACUUUGAUGAGCACGCUGCGUUGUACCAAACAAAAUUCGAUACAAAUCUUGUCAUCUACCCGCACUCAAUUGCAACGGUCUGGGCGUUUCAUAAAUUAAAGCCACAGUCCAGGCAGCUUUUGGAGCUGAUUUCAGUCUUGGACCCUGACAAUAUUGACGAGGAGGUCUUGAUCCAUGCGUCAAUGGAGCUGCUUUCCACAAGCACACCUUUCAAGAAAAGCCAUUAUUUGGAGGCUCGUUCCGACCUGCUUCAGUCCUCUCUGAUUCAGAGAGAUAAGCUACGUCAAGAUAUCUUAUUGUUUGCAAAACUUCUUGUUGAAGCAGCCUGGUACCGAAAGGAACGCGGAAUGGCGAAAGCUUUCGAUGGAUUUUUCGACACAGCACUGGGCAUAUGCCACUCCUCGAGCCACGUGGACCGGGAUGCCAUACUCGCCGACCUGUAUUUUUGCUUGGGUGCAAUCUCUAUGGAUGCUAGCGAUUUUGAGGCAAGCAGGCUGUAUAAAGAAAAGCUUUUUGAUCUUGUCUUUUCAUUAUGUCAGGGCCUGGGUGUGGAAGAUGAGAGACUGUAUCUGGCCUAUGCAGAACGCGGCAUCUCACGCACGCAAGAUAAACGAUAUGCCGAGGCCGAAGCCGACUUUUCCGAGGCUUUGAGGCUCCGAAAAUCUCUCGGGAACUAUAUCCCUCGGUCUGGCGAGGCAAAUCUUGGCUGGGCGCUGCUGGCGCAGGGCAAGUACCAAGAGUGCGAGGGACUGUUGCUGCAGAGCCUUGCGCUGCGAGAGGCGGCACUGGGCAAGGAUGACCGCGAGUCGGCCAGAACUGGACUGAUCCUCUAUGUUUUGGGAAACCUGCGAGCAAAGCAAGAGAGGUGGGACGACAGCUUCGAGUACCAUGGCCGGGCAUGGACGCACAUGCGCGAGACGGUUGGCGAGCGAGACUCGUACACGGCCCGCACCGCCCACAAGGUUGCCGAGCAUCUCCUUCGCGAGGGACGCAUGCAAGAAGCCAUUGGCACCGUGAACACGGCUCUCGCAGCGUGGGCCGUGGACCCCAACGCACACAAGAGCGAAAUCGCCCGCACCACCUUUUUGAAAGGGAGCAUAUUCCAGGCCAUGGGCCACGCGCAAAAGGCUGGCAUCGCUAUCCGUGUCGCGUGUCGCCUGAGACGAGAGGUCACCGGCGAGGACAGGGAAGCAAGGUCGCUGUCCAUGGCCGACUUUGACCGCAUCGUAGCGUUUUGGUCCCGCUGA